CUGUACCCCCCGCCGAGGCUACCAUGCAGGAGUGCCAUACUGCGUUGUGUCUGUCUGUCUACCUUGUCACCUUUUUGACGGGCCUCCCAGCCAACGCUGUGGCCUUCUACACCUUCAGCAAGAAGGUAAGGCAAAAACCUACGCCCAUCGACAUCCUGCUCCUCAACCUGACCAUCUCGGACCUCCUCUUCCUGCUCUUCCUGCCCUUCAAGAUGCAGGAAGUCACAAACGAUAUGACCUGGAGUCUACCCUACAUCCUCUGUCCUUUAUCUGGCUUCUUCUUCUACAUGACUAUCUACGUCAGCACCUUAUUCCUGACAGCGGUCAGUGUGGAGCGCUACCUGGGCGUGGCCUUCCCCAUCCAACACUCGCUGAAGCGCCGGCCCCUGUAUGCCGUGGUGGCUAGUGUAUUUAUCUGGGUCUUCUCCGUCCUCCACCUGAGCAUCGUCGUCAUCAUGCCCUACUACAACCCACCGCAAGACUCCCUCAGUUCCACAACCAACUCUUCCAACAGCUAUGAAUUCUCAAACGUCUCCAACGUGCUCAUUAGUGACGGCGACAACAUUGUGUCUUCCAGGAAUGUGUGCUAUGAGGACUUCAGCGAGAAGCAACUGGCGAUCCUCCUGCCUGUGCGUCUGGAGCUCUGCCUGGUUCUAUUCUGUGUACCUUUCCUCAUCUGUAGCUUCUGCUACAUCAACUUCAUUCGCAUACUCUCCGGCCUGCCCCACAUCGGUCGUCGCAGACGCCUCCGUGCUAUCGGCCUGGCUCUGGGGACACUGCUGGUGUUUGCCUUCUGCUUCGGCCCCUACAACGUCUCCCACAUUGUGGGCUUUAUAACCAGGAAGAACCCAGAAUGGAGAGACAUGGCCUUGCUCUGCAGCACCUUCAACGCCUGCUUGGACCCCUUCAUCUUCUACUUCUCCUCCUCAGCUGUCAGAGGGACCCUAGGGAGUAUGUUGCAGGGGGCCAGAAUCAGGCUGGCCAAGUGUAUGUUCUGUGGCUGUCACAUCCACUGGUCCCCUUGGAAUGGAACGAGUGAGCGAGCCUCAGAAAGAUAAGGGACCCAAACAAGUAGAGAUGAAUGCUA